AUGUUCAGGUUUGCAAAACCAAAGGUGGAGGAUUAUGCAAACGAAUAUGCCGCAAUCAUCUCUGAAAAUCCCGAUUUGGCUCCUAUUAUACGCAAGGGCCUGGAACUUAUACGCCCAUCAAAGGCAUUGCAGCUCUUCUCAAAUAUUCCCGAGGGUGACUUACCCCUAUUGUUGAUGCCUUCCGGUGGGGCUUGGGCAACGCAUCCGCGUGAUUUAAUAGUACAGCGGGUCCCGGUUGCACCCAGUACCAUUCGUCCAUCCGUUGUAUCAGAAGUUAGAAGCGGAACGAACGAGGACGAUUUAACCCAAAUGUACCAGUGGAUCUUGGCUCAAGCAGCUACAAUUGAGGAUGAUAUUACGGAAUCAGACCAAGUAGCUUGUCUCGACAAUCUGCAUGCCGAAUUCGCUCGCAUGAUCAAUUCGCAACAGUCAGGUCUCCCUCCAGUACAAGAUCACAAAUUUAUGCGCGGUUUGCUCCAAAGACUGUCCGGUAAGCAUGGUCGCUUCCGAGGAAAUCUGUUGGGCAAACGUACAAACUUCACUGCACGAACUGUAAUAUCUCCAGACCCCAAUAUGCGCAUAGAUGAAGUGAUUGUUCCUGAGCACUGCGCCAAACUUUUGACCUAUCCGGAACGCGUGACUGAAUUCAACUUGGAAUUUAUGCGCAACUUGGUUCUAAACGGUCCCAAUAAGCAUCCCGGGGCAUUGUUUGUGAGCUAUACUCUACGUGGCGAAGCUAAAAGACAAGCAGAAGCCCAGGGCACCUCAGACGUGGUCAAAAGGUUCUUAGCAUCACCAAAGGCUCGUGAAGACGUGGCGCGUCAUCUUCAAUCCGGUGACUUGGUCGAGCGGCAUCUCAUUGAUGGAGAUAUAAUCUUGUUCAAUCGACAGCCGUCAUUGCAUCGUGUUUCAAUGCAGGCUUUUAAAGCUGUAGUCAAACCAUUCCGCACAUUUCGUUUCAACCCAUGUUGCUGCAACCCGUUCAAUGCGGAUUUUGAUGGAGAUGAAAUGAACGUACACCUGCCACAGACAGAAGCUGCUCGGGCAGAAGCGAAACAUUUGAUGCUGUCUCUCAAAAACAUAGUCAGCCCGAAAAAUGGUGAACCGCUGAUUGCACCCAUCCAGGAUCUGAUCACUGCAACUCAUCUAUUGACACUGAAGGACGUAUUUUUCACCCGUGAUCAGGCAUGUCAGUUGGCCUCGCAGAUUGUUGCGGGCAACCACUUAACAAAACCACUGUGCCUUCCUCGACCGGCUAUUCAGUGGCCAACAAAACUGUGGACAGGAAAGCAAAUAUUCAAUCUGAUUCUAUCUCCACAUCCGUCUACCGGAAUACUGGUCAAUUUGCGUGUACCCACAAAGUCAAUCUAUUCUUCUCGUGGUGAGGAAAUGUGCCCCAACGAUGGAUGUUGUUAG